AUGGCCCCGUCGUCCAUGGCCGCACUGAUGGCUUCUCCAGCUACUUCAGGCGGAGAUGCGACUGUCCUAGCUCACGGACAAACCCUACCUGACAUAUCGUUGGGUUCAUUGGGGUCAAGUUUCAGAUCAGAGGAUGAGGAAAGGGAAGAAGCUGAGAGAGCAUCCAGAAAUCAAGCUGGAGCUAGUAGGAAUUCAAGAACACAACGGUUCUCAAAUCGGUCACCUGAUCCAUCAUCUUCUUCUUCACAACUUUCCCCACCAAGAUUACCUUCAUCAGCUUUAUUGUCACUUUCACCUCCCACUACGGUCCGUAAAUCAUCUUCACAUUCCGUUUUACCUGAAUCACAAGCACCCAGACGUUCAAGAGUAUUGAAACGGCAUACAUCACAAUCGAGCGUAUCUUCUUCAUCUGAUAUUGAUGGUCCAUUAAAAGCUAGAUAUGGCGAUGGUGGAGACACAGAUGAUGAAUCCACUUUAUCUUCACUGAGUCUAGCUACCAGUCCACAGAAAAUGGGAUAUGGUGGGGGUGCACCUAAAAAAGAGUCAUAUCAUGGUGGAAUAAGUAGAAGAGGUGGUAGACAUAGUGUCGCAACUGGCGAUUUGGGUAAUGGUCCCAUGACACUACGUGAUCAAGAGAAGCAACUCGAAGAAUCGAAAAAAGAAGUAUUCAACCUUCAAUUAGAGAAUCAUUUCCUGAAAGAACGUUUGUCCAACAUGGCACCCGAACACAUCGAAGCUGCUUUGAAAGAAAACGUAAAGUUGAAACUUGAGAUACUGAACUUAUCUAAAGAGUUGAAGAAACUCAAGAAGUUGGUCUUGCAACAAGAUAGAGAUUUAGCUUUUGCCUCACGGAACGGUCAUGGAGGUGGUGAGGGUGGAGGAGGUGUCUCAAGUGGGGAAUUGAGGGAAUUAGAAAAAAUGUGGAAAGAUGAGAAAGAAAAACGUAAAUCUCUGGAAGAAUCUCUAAGGAAAUUGAAAGAACAAAGAUCGGUUGAAGACAACGACGAAGUAGAAGGAUUGAAAUCACAAUUAGAAGAUAUUGAAGCAUCUGAAAAGGUAUGGAGAUCAAAAGUCGAUGAAUUAGAGAACGAAUUAGAAGAUUCCAAAAAUCAAUUAGAUGAUCAAAAUCAAAUUAUAUCGAAUCUACAAGAUAUUUCAGAUAGAGCGAAUGAUCAAAUUGAAAACCUGAAAGAUGAAAUUGAAAAAGUCAAAGGAUUAAAUGAAUCUGUUGGUUUAAGUAAAGGGAGAGAAGGUAGAUUGGCUUUGAAAAUACAAGAACUUGAACAGGAUAACGCUUCGCUUCAAGCGGAUUUAUCAAUGGCUAAGAAAGGUGCUUUAUCAGAAUCAGAUGCUGAAUUACUCGAAGAAAAACUGAACGAACUUCAAGAUCAAUUGGCAGCUGCUCAACUGGAUGUGGAAUCGCGUGAUAGGGAAGUCGAUGAACUGAACAACGAACUCGAUGCGAAAUUGCGUGAUCAUGAAAGAGAGUUGCAACAGGUCGAAGAAGAGUGGCGGGAUGAAGUUUUAGAAGCUAGAGCGCAGGUUGAUGAGCUGAAAGAUGCCCUCGAUUCUCGUGAACAGGACACGAAGGAAACUCUCGAAACUCUCCGUGAAAGAGAAGAAGAACUGGCUGUGGCUUUGGAUAAGAUACAAGAUCUUCAAGCUGUACAGACUGAGACUCACGAUAGACUAGAAGAGACUUUGAGGAAUAUCGAGAACGAUAAUCGAGAGAAAGAUGGGGAACUUUUAGCUGCUAACAGGGAAGUGGAAGAGCUCGGUCAAAGGGUAUAUGAGCUGGAAGAAGCGCUUGAAGAUCAUCGACUCAAAGAAGCGGACUUGAACGCAGAUUUGAAAUCUGCUGAUGAAGCGUUCGAGAAUGCUAAAUCUCAUUAUGAGAAUCUGGUCACUGCCUUGAAGGAGGCAAGAAGAAAAUUACAGGAUGAACGUGAUCAAGCCAUCUCAGGAGGAGAAAAGGAAAUCGAACUCCGAAAUGCUGAAUUACAUAAGAUGGAUAGAGACAGAAAAGGUGAUGAAGAGAAAUUCAAGCGGGCGUUGAAAGAGAAAGAACAAAUGGUAUCUCGUUUGCAAUCAGAACUGGAUUCUGCACGUGAUAGAGUAUCACAGAGAGAUCAAGACUUGGCUUCAGUCGAAUCUGCUUUGAGGUCCUUGGAAGAUGAGAGGAAGAAGAUUGGCGAUGAACAUACUUCUGAUAGAUUCGGAUUGGAACUAGAAUUAGAGAGAGUAAGAAGAGACUUGAUAAGAGCCGAGGAAGAUUUGGAAUCACUGAGAAGAGAGUUGGCUGAUAGGGAAGAAGGUCUAAGAGAGAGAGAUCUGGAUCUAGCUAGAAUGCUCGAUAAACAAAGAGAUCUCGAAAAUCGACUCGCCUCAGAACGUCAAGGCAGAUUACACAUGUCUGAUAAACUUGAUCAAACCAAUAAGGCUGCCAAACAGCAUGAGAGAGAAGCUACGAAUCUCAGAGAACGAAUUGAAGAACUUGAACCUCUUUUGACCGAAACUCAGCAAGAAAGAUUCGCACUGCAGAAACAAUCCGAAUCUCAAAGACAGGAAAGAAGCGAAUUGCUCUUGAGAGUUUUCAGGGAUGUCAACAAGUUCUUAGGCAAGGAUGAUUCUACAACGCCUGCCAAUUUCACGAUCUUCCGUGAUACAUUAGUCCAAAAGUUGAAAUCUAUGAUCCAAGUUCGAGUGGACUUUGAAAGAAAGAUCAAAGACACCGAAUCUUCAGUCGAACAACGCAUGGCUGCGUUGAAGAAACAACUCGAGCAAAAAUGGCGUGCUUUGGACAAUUUCGAAGCUGCAGUCAAGAAAUUAGAGUUGACCAAAUUGCAAUGGAAGAGUAAACUCGCUAUGAAAGAAGGCGAAUUGGAUGCGGUCAAGGCAAAGAAUCAAGAACUUUCUUCUCAAAUGACAUCGAAUCGAACUUCUACAAUAACAUCGUCUUCAUCAGAAAUCCGAUCAUUGACUCAAAGGGCAGAAUCGGCAGAAAAGAGAGCCAUGAACUCAUCCAAUCAAUUAGCUCAAUUGGAAGCUCGAUUGGCUGAAUUGCAAAGUAAAUCAGGUCAAGCGGAGAACAAAUGGGAAGCCAGAGUGAAAGAAUAUGAAAACAGAUUACGGAUAGCAGGUGAAAAGAUCAAAACUGAAAAACAAGGUGGUAAAGAGAGAGCUCUUCAAUUAGAGGCUCAAGUCAGAGAUCUAGAAAGGCAGAUCACUGAAACCAGGAAAAGGAAUCAAAGGGUUGAGAACGUUGUGGCUACCACUGCCAAUAUACCUGAAUCUGAUCAAGAGUAUAGAAGGAGAUGGUAA